AAGAGGAAGAAGAAAUCAGGGACGCCUCGGAGGCGGAAGUUGUUGUGUUUUGUUGACAACUCGGAGGGUGUUUACUGUGGAAUGGUGGACGUUCCGAAACAAUGUCAGAGAUGCUACUGAAGGAGAUGGAAGAAGUGUCGCUCGGCCAGCCGAAGGAGGAAGAAGAGGAAGAGUGCACAAGGAGUUUUCUUCUCAUCGAUGAAAACGAAAGUCUGCAGGUGGACGAUGAAGGCCACUUCCUCAGGAAACUGGGCUGCAGCACGUCAGAAGGCGUCAAGGUGCUCACCAUCUUCGGGAACACCGGCGACGGCAAAUCGCACACGCUUAACCACGUGCUGUUCGAGGGCGAGGAAAUGUUCGCCACGUCUCCUUCUCCUGCCUCGUGCACAAUCGGGGUGUGGGCAGCGUAUGAGCCUCGCCUGGGCCUGAUUGUGCUGGACACCGAGGGUCUUCUCGGCGCAUCCACGCACCAGAACCAGAGAAUGCGGCUGCUGUUGAAAGUGCUGGCUGUGUCGGACGUAGCCCUGUACCGCACACGGGCCGAGCGCCUGCACAACGACAUGUUUCAUUUCUUAGGAAGUGCUUCGGCCGCGUAUCUGAAGUACUUCACACCUCAGCUGCGUGCUCUGUCCAGCCGAUGCGGGCUCAAUGUACCCCUCUCUAACCUCGGGCCGGCGGUGGUGGUAUUCCAGGAGACAUCACGCACUCAGCUGCUGGGUCACGAUACCACGGUCCCGGCAGAUAUUGUGCUUCAGAAACGAUUCCAUGACUUGGGCCUGGGCACUGAAGCCUUCAGCUCCGUGCAGUACGUGGGUACGCAGACCAUCACACCCCCAACAGACUUCUCUCAGUUGAGGGAGAUCAUCAUCAAGCAGGUUAAGAGCACGGCGUCGCGAGCCCCACGCCAGCCAGACAUCGUCUUUAGUGCCCUACAGGCCUUGAGCGAUCGAUUGUGGGAAAUCCCGGAUGAAAGAAUCAGCAUGUACUCCUUCUUUCCUGACGAGUAUUUCACCUGUCCGUCCGUCUGCCUCAGCUGCAACAUUCGUUGCAAGAACGGCAUGAAUCACCAGAAAGACCGAGUGCCACACAUGGCAGACGGAUUGUGCCAAUACGCACAUCAGUACAACAACAAGGUUCUCAUAUGCAAGAAAUGCUAUGAGGGCGGAAGGGAAGUGAUCGUCGUGCCCAAAACCUCAGCCUCCACUGAUAACCCGUGGUUUGGUCUGGCAAAGUAUGCCUGGUCCGGGUAUGUGCUGGAGUGUCCGUACUGUGGCAUCAUCUACCGGAGCAGGCAGUACUGGAUGGGGAAUCAAGACCCCGAGAGCACCGUUGUGCGCACCGAAGUCAAGCACGUCUGGCAGGGGUCGGAAGCUUUCCAGGCCGACCAUCAGAACGCGGCUCAGCGAGUGCUAGAUGGGGUUAACUUCGUCCUCCAGUCGGUGUCUGAGUACAGCUCGGGUCCUACCAAAGCGGUCACAGCCUGGAUCACAGAUCAGGUGGCUCCGCCAUAUUGGAGACCUAAUGCUGAAAUUACAGAAUGCCAUGGCUGUAAGCGGGUGUUCAAGGAGGCGGAGAGGAAACACCACUGCCGUGCUUGCGGCGAAGGAUUCUGUCAGGCCUGCUCCAACCACAGCAUGCCCGUCCCUGAGAGAGGCUGGGGCAAGAACCCGGUGCGAGUUUGUGACGCCUGCCACCAGCAAGGAGGAUCUCCACAAACCAUUCAGGCCGUUGCGCAGGCGGAGCCCAAGGCACUCGUGGCCCGCAAGAUGACCGAGAUGGCGCAGUCUACUUUGAACGUUGUCUCCAGUGCAGUAGAUUACCCUCUCUGUUUCGUAAAGGGCGUGGCGCGACCCGACUACUGGGUUCCGGACCACGAGAUCACCCAGUGCAAUCGGUGUACCAAGACGUUCAGCUCCAGCGUGCCCAAGCACCACUGCCGCGCAUGUGGCCAGGGGGUAUGCGGGGUCUGCUCAGCCCAGUGCCGGCCCGUGCCCUCUCGCGGCUGGGACCAUCCGGUGAGGGUGUGCGAUGCCUGUGCCGCUCGGUUGGACUCCGAGUGACUCGACGACAAGCGCAAAAACCCAGGGGCUCUGAAACACACAGCGCUGGUAGAUUGUGCUUUCGGAAUUCUGUCGGUGUAGUACGCUAUCUGAAAGUAUUAACUCGAAACAUUUAUGUAGGAAAGGCUGGAUUAAUCACAGCUUUUGAAAUGAUAGUUUGAUUUGCGAACAACCGGGGAAAAGCGCUUGGGGCCGAUUUACUUCCUGUACUUCCUAAUACUUACAAAACAUGUAUCAUUUUACACUCUGAAGUUUAUUACACUCAUAACACUACAGGUUACAGAUUAGCAAAUGUCAGGGAUAUCCCGGGAAGAAAAUCCCCCCCUUGUAAAAAUGUAAUAAUGUUUAUAGUGUGGUGGGUGUUGCACUUUGUAAACCCAUACAGACUCCUCCUACUAAAAUCAGGUACCCGUCUUUAAUGCUGAACACUCUGCUAGUUUCUUAAUGAUCAGAUGCAAACGUAUCAUUAUAAUAAAAUAUAUAUAUACAUACAGUA